CUGAGCUCGUAAAUGCUUGUGUACAGUGCUUGUUGACUGUUGGAUGAGUUAUAAUGAAUUACGCCUUUGGAGGUUACAUGCACUUAUGUGCAGGAAUGAUCAGUCUCAUUACCUUUCCAUUGGUGUAUGGAAGUCCGUCGAGGUUCAGUCUAUUCCAGGGCAACCCCUAUUCCAGCUCGAGUUCACGGCAAGGGAACAAAAACUGGUGUGCAUUUGUAGUCCAUAAGAACGUGACGUGUGCUGUGUUGGCGGCAAGUGAACCCGUCUUGGAGCCGCAGCUCUCGCCCUGUCCGCCGCAUCAGCCAGACUGCACACAGCGGGUGAUGUAUCAUACUCACAUGAGGCCCAUGUACAAAGUAGGCUACAAACAAGUGACAGAGCUGGAAUGGAGGUGUUGUCCAGGCUACCAAGGUCAUGACUGUACACAGCUGAAAGACGCCCCACCCAAACCUCAAGUUCUAGAAGAACCACACCAAAAUCGCCCAACCAUCCAAAGACCUCAACAGAGCGUGCUGAGACCGGAUGUCUUCUCUGGGGCACAUCCAUGGUUGCAUCCUGGGCAAAGCGGACAAAGUGGACAUCCCUUGACGCAGACGGGUGAGUUUAUUAGUGAAGGGGGAGUUCCUGGAGAUCGACAACAAGAGAGUCAUCGAGUUCAGGCGUUGGAAGGAGAAGUAGAGCGUCUUUCACAGACGGUCCUGGACCUGCAAGCUGCCAUGACGUCAGCCAAUGCAAACUUGCGUUUGGAUAUACAGGAAGACGCUAGCAAGAUCAUUCUAAAUAUGUUGGGGAACCUGCGCCAGCCACAGGAUGUUAAGACAGGUGGAACUGAGAGCAUCCUGUUCCCAUCUGACUCACCAGUGACUGAUGAGCUCCAAAACCAGGUCACCCAGCUCUCCAACACAAUCAGUACCAAUACCAACAGCAUCCAAGAUCUGCACAUUAUGAUCCAGAACAUGGAUGGACAGCUGCAUCGGCUAACAGAGGCAACCAGUCCUGGCCAACUUCAACCUUUGUCCACACCUUCAACCAAUGAGUGUUCAUGCCAGACAUAUGUAGAUGCAAGACUCUCUGCUCUCCGUCAGGAACUUCUUGAAGGUAUGGACAUCAAAAUUGCUGACCUAAAGAAUGCGUGUGAUUACAAGGUACUGUCAGUUCAGGAGCAGUGUGAGGAGCACGAGACCUCCUACUUGAGCUUGAUGGAACUCUUUGACUCUAAAGAGGCUGAACUCCGCAAGGAGAUCCAAGACUUGCGUCUCCUCGUUCCAAGUGAAACGUCCUCCAGGUUGGACAAUACUGAGGUCCAGAAGCUUAGAGACACCCAGCAUCUCCUGACUGAUGCCAUUAGGCAGCAGAAUUACACCCUUGCAGAGAUUAAAGCACAAGGAUAUGUUUUGGAAACAAGGGUUAGUCUUGCUGAAAAGAGUGCAGAGGUACGUUGCCUCUAUCUUGAGGAGAAGUUGAGAAAGGAGAGACUUAUGGAAGUGGAGGAGCAAAACAUAGCUUUUGAUGAAAAGAUCAAUGCUGUUCAACAUCCCAACAGCAGUUCACAGCUACUGACAGUACUGUUAGAUCAUGGACAGCACCUAGAAGUCUUGGAGAAACGCACAAAGAACUUGCAGGAUGAGAUGGGAUCUCUUGAACAGCAUAUCGAGAGUGUGGAGAACUUUGUCCCAGGCCUCAAUCAGUCCGUAACUCAGAGAUACAAUGGAAGUCUGCUUCAACGAUUGGAAAAGCUGGAGAUGGUUUGUGGGCGAAACCAAGAGCAAGUGAUCACCAUGAAUGUCUUGCUGAAUGGGCUUGAUGGACGCGUGGUUGGCAUUGAGGGUGUUUGUGGCCGGUUUGAACCAAUGUCCGACAGUCUCAAACGUAUAAAAGAUGGGCUCAACAAACAUGUUAAUGGCUUGUGGACCUAUGUCCGACAACUGAACGGCACAGUAAACGCACAUACAAAGGACAUCAACAUGUUUAAAGUAAACUCUUCACACUCUUCAAAAGAGAGGCCGGAUGGGAUUGCAAGCACACCUCAAUAUACAGGUGUUCAUGAAGGUACUAAGGCUGUAAGUGUUCCCACAGAGGGACAUUUGCCUGUCCCAGUGCUGCCCGUCUUGAUGUCAGGAGAGGCGGGACCUCCAGGAACCAAACUGUCAUCACAGACCCCUCAAGGGAGCCGGACAACUGUCACAGGCCAGACAGGAGGACCAGCACAGAUUCCAUUAAAGACGGUUCAAAUGGCCGCAGGAGAAGGACGAUUAAUGGCACACGUGUCCUUUUCGGCCGGUCUGACACUGGUGCCGUUUCCUGGACAAAUUGGUAUCAUCCGAUUCAACCAUGUUCUGUUAAAUGAUGGAGGACAUUAUGAUCCACACACGGGUGUGUUCACUGCACCCAUGGAUGGCCGGUACAUGCUCAGUGCUGUGCUAACUGCUCAGACAGGAGAGCGACUCGAGGCUUUUCUCUCAGUGGCCAAUCAAAACAUUCAGAAGCUUUACACUGCUGGAGUAGGGGGUGGACUCACUGAGGGGUGUGUCUGUGGAGGCUCUGCCUCUCUAAGUCUUGCACUUAAUUUGAAGCGUGGUCAGAGGGCGGGACUUGUGAUGACGGCAGGGAAACUGGCAAUUUCAUCAUCCAGUGAAAUUCUGUCUUCAUUCAGCGGAGUGCUGCUUUACCCAACCGUAGCCAAGUGAUUAGGUCACUAAUCACAUAAAAAGUGACAUUGAUCAUGUUUACUCCUUUGUUCAGACGGUCAGAGUUUCUGGUUUCCAUUGAAGCACACAAGAUGCUCUUUUUAAUAUUCUCAAAUCAUGCUGAAUAACACGACCAUCUGUUUUUGUUGAUGCCAGCUGUCCAAGACGUUGCGAUUUUCAAGAAAUAAGAUGCUCAAAUGGUUAUAAAGAACAUUUUUAAAUAUGUAACACAAGAAUAAAAAGCAGAGGAAUAGAUUGUGGAUCCAUUUAAAAACAAAGACUGACUUCAGCAUUGUAAAAAAUUAUAUAAAUUAAGAGCUAAAAAUUAUUUUGUUUGUCUGGCAUGAUACUGUACUUGUAUAUAUUGAUUUAAAGGUGCUGUAAGUGAUUUUAGCCAUUCUAACUAUCACAAGAAUGAUUAGCCACACCCCCUCUUUCCAAAACACCACACCGAUACCAUUGAGACCGACACAGGGCAUGUUGAGAAGGGCUGCGGGCAUUGCUCCAAAAAGGGGCGGGAACUCCAAAUCACAAUUAAAGACAUAGGGAGACCCUAAACUUAAGGUGUUGGUGCAACCCUCUUUUGCAGUAACCACUCCCCAUUUUGCAGUAACUCCACCCUCUUUUGGAGAUCCCAUCCCCAUUUGGAGGUCUCCGGCCUGCAGCUAUACCUACCUUUGUUCCCACGGUUAUCAAAUUGUGAAUCAGAAUAUGGCAUUAAAGGGUUAGAUCACCCAAAAAUGAAAAUCUCAUGAUUGAUUCAACUUCCCAGAUGUGUAUGACUUUCCUUCUUCAGCAGGACUGAAGUGAAGAUUUUUAUAACACAUUUCACCUCUGUUUGCAGCUCAUUGUUUUCAUAUGCAAAUUAGCUUUUGAUUCGCCAUAAAUGUUGGGUAAGGGUAAGGGUGUCCGUAAAAUGCAGGCAAACAGGUGCCCAUCAGGCUUCUGGCUGUUUGAUGGUCCAAAAGUCAUAUUUAGGCAGCAUAAAAGUAAUCCACAUGACUCCAGUCAAUCAAUGAAUGUCUUCUGAAGCAAUGAUGUCACUGUCCAAUAAGAUAUCUAAGGACACUUAUUUCAGUCCUUUCCAUGAAACUAAAUCGCUUACAGCACCUCUAAUGAUCAUUUUAAAGCAGACUUCACCAAUUAGUUGACCACAGUCCAGAUCCGAACACGAGAUUGAUUCCACAUGGACAGGCUUGGGGAGUAACGGAUUACUUGUAACAGCGUUAGGUAAUCAGGGUACAAAAAUUAGGUAACUGUAAUUCGUUACACUUACAUAAAAACCCAUUGUAAUCAGAUUACAAUUUUUUAAAAAAAUUUGGGAUUACAAUCACAAGUUUUAAUUUCUGACAAAAGAAAUAGUGCAUUUUCCUGACAUACUCUAAUUAUCCAAAGAUCUGAGAAUUUGAAGGUAAUAAGUGCCUCACAGAAAUCGCAUUAGCCAAGUUAGCUAAAAUGAGUUAGCCUUAGUGCUCAAAGAAAUCCAUGGCCUUCAUCAUUUGGCGGGAGCAGGAAAAGCUGCUAUUAUUGACACAAUUUGCACAUCAUUGCUGGUACGACAUAGAAAUCCCCUGGUUUGCAUUGUUGCAUAUGCAAAUUGCACCAUAUUAGUCAGGACGUCCUGUGUGUUGUUCCGCAUUGAAGCUGAAAAAAAUGACCCUGCGUUCAGGUGAACAGUACUUAAACCAUUCAUGAAGUUUCAAAUACAACUACAAUACAAAAAUCAACUGGAAAAAAAUGGGAAACUUGCCAUGACUUUCCUCUUUCACCUCUCAUGAUUUUGCAUCCCUGAUCAUUAUUAACACAUCCAGACUGUACACAUAAAUCCCAAUUAAUUGAGAACAGUUCAAGCACCCCCAGUCUGGGCGAGGGGGACAUUCUGGCAAAUGCUCAACGCUUAGGAAUUAGGAAUAAGUAAUUGAAAAUACACUAUAAAUUGUAUGUGUUUUGAUCUAUUCUUUAAAACUCUAUUUUAUUUUUAGGAAUCAAAACUUUUUUCCCCUUUAAAAUCCUCCUUAAACCGAAACAGAAACAUCGAAAUUAGCCAUAAACCGUUCUGUUUGCAUUGAAGCCAUAAUUUAAAGUUGUAAUAUUGAUUUGAUCUUGACUUCAUUUGCAUAUGUGCCAAUAUGUGUAAUCCAGAAGUAAAGGAAAGUAAUCAGAUUACAUUCAUUUCACUGUGAUUGGAUUACAUUACUGAUUAGCUUUACUGUUAAGUAACCUGUAAUCUGUAACAGAUUACAUAAAAAGUAACCCUCCCAACCCCGCAUGUGGUUCAUGAACCAUUAAGUGCUAAUUAAGAGAAUUAUAAACAGAUUUGUUUUCUUGCCACAUGCAACCGUUACAUCUCUUUUUUUUAAUCCUUGUUUAUAAUCAAAUUAAUUUAUGUGACAUUUGUGGUCCAAAUGUAACCUAUGCUUUUUUAAAGGUCAGUGCUUAAUGGGUAUUAUAGUACAGUGACUUACAAAUCUAGAGGAUAUUAGAAUAUGCAUUCAGAGCAAACGCUUCCAGACAUACAAAAAUGAUUAAAUAUUGCUUUACUUUUAUCAAAUAUUCAGUGCUGUAAAUUUGGAACACCACAGCCAUAAAAACGGUCCUAAAGUGACUGUAUGACUGGAUCAGAGUUGACAAACUAUAAAUCUCACUGACUAAGAAAUAACGUCAAGCUUUUUCUUAAAAACAGGGUCGUAAAUAUGAAGGUUAGAGCUGCUUUAGUGCAAUUUAACACUCUUAUGGCUUAAAAACACUUUUCAGAUCGAUAUUUUGACUUUUGAACAUAUUGGACAAUUUCACAUUCAUGAAAGAUGUUUUAUUUUGUGUGGACAUACUGUAUAUUUUGUCAGUGGCACAAUCAUUUGUACACGAGACUACUGUACACUGAAGGCGUUACUGUUCUUCUUUGAAUCCAACAAUCGACAGACCAUCUGUAACAUUGCAUAAACAACCCAAACCUGUGUAUAAUAAAGGAAAAUGGGACACAAAACUACUGAUUUAUAUUUGUAUAAUUUCA